AUGGAGUAUUUAUUUAGGUAUAAUCCAGGAGAUGUGUUAAUGGUAUUACCAGAGAAUUUAAUUAAUUCAUUAGAAAUGGCUAAAAAUGUUUUGAUCAAAUGUAAAAAUCUUUGGGAUUUACCUAUGUCAAUUUGUAGAAGUAGUUCAAAUGUUCCAAUAUCACCUCAAUUUGUAAGGUUAUUUUCCUCCCAAAGCUUGACUCUCUCUGCUUUGUUUCAAUAUUAUUUUGAUCUUCAAUGCAUCCCCAAAAGAAGUUUUAUUAAAAAAUUUGCUUCAAUAGCAGAAGAUGAACUUGAAAAAGAGCGAUUGUUGGAAUUAUGUUCUCCUGAAGGAAUUGAUGAUUAUUAUGAAUAUUGUAUUUAUUCAAAACGUUCAAUAUGCGAAUUUUUGAGAGAUUUUCCGCAAACUUCAGCAUUAUUAACAAUUGGACAUUUUCUCGAUUUUUUCCCUAUAAUUCGUUCAAGAGCUUUUAGUAUAGCUUCAUCUCCAAGUGGGCAUUUAAAUGAAAUUCAAAUACUUGUUGCUAAAGUUAAAUAUAAUAUUAGAAGAAUAAAAACGCCAAGGUUUGGUUUGUGCAGCAACUUUUUAUGUUCAACAAAUCCAGGCCAUCAAGUUUAUGCACGUAUUAGUCCAGGAAUAUUUAAAUAUGAUAAAGAACAAGUUACUCCAUAUAUUUUAAUUGGACCUGGAACUGGUGUUGCUCCUUUUCGUUCAAUGAUUGUUGAAAAUGAAUUUAAUAGAAAAUGCCCAAUUACUCUAUUCUUUGGUUGUCGAAAUGAAGCAAUGGAUUUUUAUUUUAAAGAUGAAUGGUCAAAUUAUAAAAAUUUAAAUUUAUUUACUGCAUUUUCUCGUGAUCAGGAGGAGAAGAUUUAUGUUCAGCACAAAAUAAGUGAAAAUCCAAAGGAAUUGUGGAAUUUAAUAAAUUGUGGAGGAGCAAAAAUAUUCAUAGCGGGUAGUGCUGGUGAUAUGCCAAAACAAGUAAUUAAUUCAUUUAAACAAGUGUUUAUUCAAGAGGGAAAAAUGUCUGCUGAAGAAGCUGAUAAAUUUGUGGAAUUAAUGGAAAAGAAAAAAUUAAUUCAAUAUGAGACCUUUUUAGAGCGAAAAAUGGAAGACUUUAACAUUGAGAAUAUUAAUUCUUUCAAUUUUUUAUUUCAAAUUUUGUCAGAUUUUGCUUGUGCUCUCUUCUUGUCGCUAUCUUUUGGACUUGUUGAUUUUAAUUAUACAAAGAUUGUUAAUUCAUUUCUUCGUUUAUUCUCUCGCAAAACUCAGGAAGAAAUUUCAUUGGACCGGUUAAAUGAGCAAAUGAUACAAAUUAAAAAUCAAAUGUCAAUGCUUUCUCCAACUGCAGAUUUUGCAAAAUAUUACAAAAAUGAGCGUUUAUUAAAUAAAUUGAAAGAAGAAAAGGAGAAAUUAGAUAAAACAAUAUUUUCAAACUCAAUUGUUUCUUCUGUAAAAAUUAAUAUUGCUGUUAAAACUCUUUUUAUGGUUAUUGCAACAUGUUUGAUGUGGAAAGCUGAAUUUUUUGUUAUAUUUAAAAUGGAUGCAAAAUGGUUUUGGCCUUUAAAUAUUUUAAAUUUGCAAAAUAAUGUUUUUGGUGGACAAGGAAAAGAAGAAGAAGAUUUGUAUCAAAAUGUAACAUUGUUCAGCUUUGUUUUAUUGACAUUAAUAGUAAAGAAAAUUUGGGAAUAUAGAAAAAACAAUAAUAAUGAUAUUAAUUUUAUUGGGACUGAAAUAUUUACAACUCACUGA